CUUUGACGAAAUGAGCAUUUGGCCAAAGGACACUGUCAGAAGUAUUGCCGAAAGUUGUGGCAUCACUAACCCAAAGGACGACUAUUGUACAGCACUUGCCCAUGAUGUUGAUUAUCGAUUGCAAGAGAUCAUCCAAGAAGCGACAAAGUUCAUGCGCCAUUCAAAGCGAUCUCGACUAACAGUAGAUGAUAUUAAUGCUGCUCUACGCGUUCGCAAUGUAGAGCCCUUGUACGGCUUCACGUCAGGAAAUCCGCUGAGGUUUAAGAAAACGACGGCAAACAUGAACGAUAUCUACUACGUUGGCGAUGAAGAAGUUGACUUUGACACUAUCCUCAACAAACCAUUACCUCGCGUUCCCUUAGAUGUUACUUUUACUGCUCACUGGCUGGCCAUCGAAGGUGUUCAACCCGCUAUUCCACAAAACCCAACACCUAGUGAUGCGAAAUCCGAUUUGCUGAGCAAGCGAUCAAAGGCCAAUGGUACAAAUGCUGCUGGAAACGAACAAAUUGAUGUUAAGCCACUUGUCAAGCAUGUUUUGUCAAAGGAGCUACAGCUGUACUAUGAGCGUAUCACUGAAGCGGUUGUCAGCGAGGAAGAGCGUUUGCGUUUCCAAGCCUAUGAAAGCUUACGCUCAGACCCUGGCCUUCAUCAACUCCUGCCGUACUUUGUACAAUUCAUCGUGGAAAAGGUCAAGCAAAAUCUUCGAAACCUUACAGUUUGCGAAUCAAUGCUUUGUAUGAUACAAGCUCUACUCAGUAGUCCACAUUUAUUUGUUGAUCCUUACCUUAAUCAAUUGAUGCCAGCAAUAAUCUCUUGUAUGGUAGGCAAGCGAAUAUGCGAAAAUCCUAAGGACGACCACUGGAGUGUUCGUGAUUUUGCCGCUAGGCUGAUGGCACUCGUUUGCCAGCGGUAUGGAAAAUCAUAUCAUACCAUGCAACCCAGAAUCACAAAGACGCUUUUGCAUGCUUUUCUGGAUGUUAAAAAACCCAUAACUACACAUUAUGGUGCUAUAGUUGGUUUGAAUCAACUCGGCCGAGAAGUUAUUCGAACUGUCAUUCUACCUAAUACCAAAGCGUACGCUGAUAACAUACUUCGGGAGCCUCUUCAAGCAGAUGGUACCAUUAGACAGCUUGAAGCAUCAAAGUGCAGAGACGCCUUGACGGACUCACUACUUAUAUUGAUUGAAGAGGAUAAACAAGCACAGAUCGAUUCAGGCGAAGAACAAGCAAUGGAAGAUUUGGAUGAUGUGGAUGAGGCAACAAAAGCAAGCGUCAAAGAUACAAUUGGAGAUAUUAUUGGUGAACAAUUAUUGUUGAAGUGUAAGCAGAAGUCGUCGCUGACCCCAAUCUUAGAAGCUCAGGUGUAAUUAUUCGCCAUGUACAUACCAUAUUA